GAGGCCGGAGCAGUCAGUCAGUCAGUCGGUCGACGCUGCCUUUUCUCGACAGCCGACGCAGUUGUCGUCGUGACGCUUCUCGCAGCACAUUGUCGAUAGAAUCGGUGGAAUUUGAAAUCAAGCAGGCGGACAUUCUUCGGAGAGUCGAGUCGAGUCGAGUUGAGUUCAUGGCCUCCGUCGCGGUUGUGGCUCCGGCCCUCACGAAGGGCCUGCCCGCUUUGAAUGUCGAGAGACGAGGAAAUUCCAAGGUCGCCGCCGUGAAGGGAGCCCCGGGUUUGCGCCUCCAGAAUGACAGGUUUGCUCUCAAAAGCGCUUUCUACAACGGAGCAUCGGUCGUCGCCGUGCCUGAAGCAGCCGGAGCAGCUCCCCCUCGAAUCACCAUGAGAACGAGCACGCAAGGGGCGUACAUUUGCAGAGACUGCGGGUACAUAUACAACGAACGCAAGGCUUUUGACAAGCUUGGGGAUGAUUAUAGCUGCCCAGUAUGUGCCGCCCCAAAGAGAAGAUUUAAGGCCUACGACGCCCCUGUAUCUAGAAAUGCAAACGACAUGGCCGUCAGGAAAGCACGAAAGGAAGAGUUGAAGAAGGUGGAUUCCGCUAUCGGUUCUGCUUUGCCAGUUGGAAUUGCCAUUGGAGCAGUUGCCCUUGUGGGGACUUUUAUCUACCUCAACAGCACGCUAUAGUGGCUCAAUACUGCUUCAGUACAUAAAAUAGUGGCUCAAUUAUCAGCAACAUAUGAUAUCGGUUCAAUCAGAGUUUCUCAGUAUUAUAACAGCCCGACUAGUAAUCUUAUUCCAGUUACUUGGCUAUGUACUCUAGUUCUUUCACAAGAUGAGUUCGCAUCUUGUAAAAUAUUCAUUCUUGUCCUUGUGGCGACGAGCAUGUCCGCCCUACCACAAAACGUGCAAUGAAUGCCCACAAUUGGGCUGUUAUGCAACUCUGUAUUCAAUGUCACUUCUCAUUUGCCUGAGUAUUGCCCUUUGUACUUACCCAGUAUUUCUGAGUUCAGUUGCACUACACGUGCCCAGUUGAACAUACUAACAAAUGUUUUUCGAAACAAGUUUGUACUUCCAUUUCUUGAUCUCGAUUAUCAGUUUGGAAGAUUGGUUCUUCAUCGAUUCUGACGAGUAAGAAGUACAAGUUUGAAAAAGCUAAGGGGUGGCUUAACCUCUGAAGGGUCUCGAUGGUGGGAUGG